UAUGAAAGAUCAGCGUGCCACUACUGUAGCACAGUGUAUUUUUGAGGAGUACAUUAGGCAUCACGGCAUUCCGGAGUCCAUUCACACAGACCAGGGUCGACAGUUUGAAUCUGAUUUAAUGAAAGAGCUUUGUGUAUUACUCAAGAUUGAGAAAACCCGUACAUCCCCUUACCACGCUCAGUCUGAUGGUAUGGUGGAACGCUUUAAUAGAACCCUCAAGGACCAACUAGCCAAAUAUUUGUCACAGACAGGGGGGGAAUGGGUUCAGUACUUACCUCAGGUAGAACUGGCAUACAAUAGCAGUGUCCAUUGUAGUACAGGAUUUUCUCCCUUUUUCCUGGCCCAUGGUAGGGAGCCACAUCUACCUUUACACCUUGCAGUAAACUGGGGUCCUACAGCCACAUCUGCUACCCCAGGUACACCUGCAGCGUAUGUCAAAGAUGUUACCUCCCGUCUUUCUCUCGCCCUUAGGGAAGCUGCCCAGAGGUCGGCUGCUGCUAAACUCCAACAGAAGCGGCAGUAUGAUAAACAGGUGGUGUUUCACCCUCAUGAGGUGGGGGACUAUGUGUUAUUAGAUGACCCAGCACAACGGAUGAACAAGUUAGCGGCUAGAUGGAAGGGGCCAUUUGUCAUACUGAAACGAUUUGAUAAGGGGGAUAGUAUUGGUGUGACUUACGAGAUCACUGAUCCAACGAAACCAGAAUCCAGGAAAUGGGUGGUGCAUCACAAUAGGCUGAAGGUCUAUAAGGGAAGGUUGUCAGAUGGGUCAUCUCAUAAUGCAGAAUCUCCAGAGGCAGAUGGUGGUAACCUAGUACCUGCUCCUAAUCAGUCAACCCUCACAGCACUGUCGGGGGCUUUACCCUAUCGGCCCACGGUUUCUGCACCACACCGCACCACACCACACACUGCUCCACAGACUCAGUCGGUCUCUGCACCACACCGCACCACACCACACACUGCUCCACAGACUCAGUCGGUCUCUGCACCACACCGCACCACACCACACACUGCUCCACAGACUCAGUCGGUCUCUGCACCACACUGCACCACACCACAGGUUCAGAGGCCAGUGCCUAUUACUGAUACUGAAGGGGGUCCUCAGGUUCAUUUUUGUUCUGACCCGUUACCUGUUGUGGAUGUGGACACUGAUUCUGCGAUCUCACCUAGGCGGUUGCCGCCUCCUGUAACCACCUGUAGUGGCCGUCUAGUACGACCACCCGAUAGGUAUGGGUCCAGUGCUUAA